UGAACCCGGCAGACGUUGGUGAGCCGAACAAACUGAAAGGCUCACAGCUACUAGUCAGUCUGCGUGACGAUUUCUAACUAACUGAGAGAAACUAGUCAGUGGGUGACGACGGCACAUCAAUCUGAAGUCAGACAUGAGCCACACGCCUCCAGAAGACAAGGGUCUUGACCCUCUUGUGCUCAGGGACCAGUUGUUCGGGCUCUGGAACCAGAACCAUCUGCAGGUGCUACAUUUGGCUGCCAUCCAGGGAUUCUCAAAGCUGGCGGAGCCUCACGAGGCCCUACUAACGAUCCUGGAGAGCUGUCCGGGGAAGCAGAAGGGCCGGAGCCACACCCUGGGCUACCACAUUCUCAUGGAUUUCCAGGCGUGGAUAAAGGAACAUCCUCAGGUGAGUCUGAGCUCUUUCUCUGUGCACAAAGUAGUGGGGCUUCAGCGAAGGGCUCUUGACCUGCUGACAGAUACCCAGCCCACCUUUGUAGAGUGUCUGAUCGACAUCUACAAGCUCAGGUCCUUGGAUCCUUCCAUACUACGUUUGCACAUCGUCAAACUCCAGGCUCUCAACUGUUACAAAGAAGCGGUGACUCUGAGCAUAAACUUUGGUUUACAGACUGAACUAAAAGCCGAGGAGAUGCUUGUUCCUCUGGUUUUACAAGACAAGCUGCCAUUGGCGGAGUCCUUUGUCAAAGGACACAGUCACCUGCAGCAACAGCUUGUCAUGUUGCUAGACUCUUGGUGUCACCCGCAAUUCAGAGUGGAAGACAUAAGAAAGCAGUUUCCUCGCCUCUCCCUGUCCAAGCACUACAGCGCUCAGGUUCAACCCAAAAUAAUCACCCGGCACAUCUUCCGGCUCAUAGAGAAAUUCAAAAUUGACCAGAGUCUCUGUCCAAACGCUCUGCAUAAGAGGAGGCUGGACUGUCUGCGUUACCUCAUGUUUAAGACAUUUGUGGAAAAAACCAUGACAGAGGAGAAUUGGACCGAUCACGUGCAAUAUGUGGUGGCAGAUGACCUCCAGCUGCAGGUCCAUUUGGUGGAGAUGCUGGCGAAGCACUGCGGCCUCCAGAAAGCCUCCCAGUGGUCACUGAAGUACAAUAUCCCCAAAAACCGACUUCCGCCGGGGGUGUGGGAGACGCAGCAGAGCCUGCCACCUGAUCUACAACAGAUAUGUUUGAACGAUAUGACACACGAGGAGUGGGUGCCUCCUCAGUCUCACUGCCAGAGGUUCUACCAGGUGCCGCUCGCCAAAGACAAGGUCCACUUUGUAGAUACGACGGAAACGCUCCACAGAUGUCGAAGCAUUCUGCUCAAGGAAGGCGUCGUGGUCGGGGUCGACAUGGAGUGGCAGCCGACGUUUGGCCGUGUCGCUGCUCAGAAAGUUGCUCUCAUACAACUCGCUGUGCUCGACCAAGUGUUUUUAUUAGACCUCUGCGCAGGAGGAUUCUGCGAACAGCCGGAUCUGGUUGCUUUCAUCAGGACCCUGUUUUCUGAGCGAAAUAUCCUGAAACUGGGUUAUAGCAUGACCGGGGAUCUCAAGUGUCUCACUGCCACCUGGCCUGAGUUAUCAGAGGAGCCCCUGAAGACAGAGGGGUUGCUCGAUCUCCUUAAAGUACACCAAAAGAUUCAGUGCGGAAGGAUUAAUCAAGUACAAGAUGGCCCUAGAGAGGUCCUGGUAUGUGAGAACAGUGCAGAAAAAGGCCUUAGUCUGCUGGUGCAGCAGGUCCUAGGAAAGCCUCUGGACAAGACUGAGCAGAUGUCCAACUGGGAGAGGCGUCCACUGCGCAUCAGCCAAAUUAGAUAUGCAGUGGCAGAUGCCUACUGUUUGCUGGAUGUGUACUCAACUCUCUCCAGCAACCCAGCGAGCUUUGGGCUUCCAGCUGACCUCCGCAGCAUCACUUCAGGCCAAUCAAAGACGAGCAAAGAAAAGAAGCAGAAGGUGAAACGGGACAAGAAGACAGCACAGGCUAUUGGCCAAGAGGAAUGUCAGGGGGCUCAGAGGGUCAGUCUCCCUCAUUCUGACACAGUGAAAGGCCUCCUGUGUGGCGAGUCGCCCUCAGAGGGCUCCCCGCCCCUCACCCCCCAGCAGUUGCGGGUGGUGUGUGACAACAUGCUGCAGGGACUGGGGAGAUAUCUGCGCUGUUUGGGAGUGGACGUGGUCAUGCUGGAGAACACCGACGAUCACAGAGUGGCAGCAAAGUUAGCACAAGCUGAAGGCCGUGUGAUCCUCACAUGUGGUCAGCCAUUCCAAACUUUACGUUCCCAGGUGGGUGAAGGUCGCUGUCUGUCCUUAGACUGCUCAGAGAAGGCCAGAGACCAGGCUGUUCGAGUCCUCAAACACUUCAACGUCCAGCCAACUCCCAGCGACAUAUUCAGUCGCUGUCAGGCGUGUAACAGUGAUCAAUACGUGGCUAUCCCCAGAGCUGACAUGGUAGCGAUGCUCAAAGAAAAAGGAUUUCUGCAGGAUCACAACAACACUGGCCACAUGUUUGAGAAUUCCUGUCAACAGGAAGAGCUGUGGCUCGAUGACACUCUGACCCCCAGCGGGACCCCUGAACCCCCCAGGUACGCCACUCAGUGUCGCUGGGCCUCCCUUUCAGGACUGGACCGUGACACCAUGACCUUUCCCGGGGGGUCGGCCAUUCAGCUCCACACCGUGCCCCCUGCCCUGCUGCAGAGGAUACCGCUGUUCUAUGUCUGCACCAGAUGUGGCAAGGUGUUCUGGGAAGGCUCUCACUUUGGCCGUGUCCUCUCUUUGUUCCAGGAAGUCUUACUCAUAGCGGAUGACGACAGCAUCUCAGCUGCUAGGCCACUCACACUGGCCCAGAACAAGUGAUGCAGAGCCACUGGUUUUUUUUAUUAAUUCACAGAAAUACACAAAUGAAUACAUUAUUCAUUUCGGACGUGUUCUAAAGAGUGCUGUUAAUUUUCACAGCUUUUUAAUUUGAGUUUGGGGCCUACAAUAAGAGAUUAGUAAAAGAGAAAGGACUUUUAUUCCGUUUUAUGUCCUUAUUCAUACCUGUUCAGGUUCACGUUAUAUUUCGGCUUACGUGAGCUUGCAGCUAGCAGCUGUGAGCCCGGGAGUUGUAGUUUUAAGUCGGGUUGUUUUUGUUGUUGUUUUUUUUUUAACAAGAAAGUGUGCCAGGAUAUCAAUAUGUGUUCAACUGUUUAUUGGUUCAAAGUGAAUGUUUAAUGCAUUUCACUUCCACCCUUCUCGCAAGACGCUUUCAAGCCAGACUUAAGACGCAUACUGGCUGUAACGGACGGAUUUCUUUCUUCGUCGCUACCCGUUUGGGCCCCCCGAUUCAAAGAGCCGAGUUAGUGAGUAGGUGUGGGGUGGAAGGUGAGGCCUCCAGCAACAGCGCUGCUUGUCAGUGGUUGGUUCUGUUGCUUACGUUAUUAACUACUAAUAGCCAGAAGCAGCUUAACGGGGGAGCUCGUCGGUGCCGCUUGUUUAUUUUUCUUCCCCAGUUGUCAAACCUGUAAUGCGCUGUUUCACGCUGUGGUUCCAUAAUCAGACGAGCACCUGUUGGUUGGUUUUGACCGUUUACGCAACAGUCAUUUCAGACAUCACACUGAUUCAGGAAGAAGGCACCUCAGAUCAGGCUUAGACGUAUGUAUGUACCUUUGGCAUUUUGGACAUUUUUUUAUUAUAUACGUGUUUCAGAAUGUAUUUUUUUACUUGAUUUCAGUCUAACAAAUACAGACUUGCGUGUUUACAGCCUCGACUGUUCUGCCUGUUUUGUUUUGACUGCUAAGACUAAGAAGCCUGACGAGUUGGAUUUAUGAUGGUUUACAGUCAAAUGUGGAGAGUUUUGCUUGAAUUCGAAACUUUUUUUUUUUUUUUACUUUAAAGGGGUAGAUACUAUCCUUCCCUACUUGGGCUGAAAGACUUAAAAUAAAAUCUACACAUAUAUUUAACUUAAAUGGCAAGUUCAGUUGUUUUGUUUUCCCCAUCUUGAAGAGCAUUGUUCAUCUGUGUAAUGUCUAAUUUAAACCCCAGGUGAAUAUGAAAUGAUGGAUUAGUAAUUUAAGGAUCCUAGAUACAGUUCAACCUAAAAUAAAUUCAAGUUAUUAUUAUUAUUAUAUAUUUUUUUACUAAUUUACUUCGAGAAAUGUUGCUGUUGUAAUGCAAUGCUUUCAAAAAUUCUUGUAUGUUCAAUGUCUCCAAGCACAUUUUAAAACGUUUGAUGGUUUAAGACAAUACACCAAUAAACCGAUUUAUCAUUUCAUUGUUAAA